AUGGUCUCGGGCAAGAUUGAGUGGUUGCGGUGGCGUUUGGGUUUGACAAACAUGGUGGUGAAGGAUUGCGUUGGGAGGAGUGGUGGACUUGCAAUCUUUUGGCGCAAUGGGGUUGAGUUUCAUUUGCGUACAACGUCUCGGCUGUACAUUGACGGAGAUGUGGAGGAGGCAGAUGGAUUCACAUGGCGUCUCACGGUCUUCUACGGCGAGCCCAAAUCAGACCAGAAGGAACUGUCAUGGAGGGCGUUACGCACACUAAAUGCUGGGCGGAGGCAUCCGUGGCUUUGCUUGGGUGAUUUCAAUGAAAUUUUGUUUAGUCACGAGAAGGAGUGGGGUGUGCCUAGACCACAAGUCUGCAUGGAUAGGUUCCGGAUGGCAUUAGAGGACUGUGCUUUGUCUGACCUUGGUUUCUCCGGGGACAUCUUUACCUGGAGAAAUAAUAGCCACACGGAUGACCAUUACAUCCGGGAGAGACUGGACCGUGCGGUGGCGGAUGGAGCAUGGCAGGCACGUUUCCCGGAUUUUCAUGUUCGAAAUGGUGAUCCCCGCCACUCGGACCACAGGCUGGUGGUGGUCACUAUGGAGAAGGAGCCAGAACACAGGAGUCCGGCUGGGGGCUCCCCUUUCCGUUUUGAAGCUGGGUGGGUUCAAGAGGAGAAUUGUGAAACAAUUGUGGAGAACGCUUGGCGGCUGACAAUGGAGGCGAGGGGAGGUAAGGUGGAGUCAGCUGUUCGAGAGGUGGCGGCGGAGCUCCAAGACUGGAGCACGAACUGUCUUGGUGAUUUGGAGAAGCGUGUUAAACAUGCAAAAAAUGCUUUGGAGAUGUGCAGACCCAGUUCCAUUAGCCGGGACAGUGUGGCAAGGGAGAUCCUCAAAUAUCGGCUGCAUAAGCUUGAGGAUCAGGUGGAACUGUAUUGGUGCCAGCAUGCUACUUCGCACUGGCUGAAACAUGGUGAUCGGAACACACGUUUCUUCCAUCAGUAUGCAUCAGAAAGAAGGAGGAGAAAUCGAAUUACACGAUUGGUGAAGGAUGAUGGGUGUGUAGUGGAGGAUGCGGGAGGAAUUCAAGCCAUGGCGACUAACUUUUAUUCUGCUUUAUUUACCUCUAGUGCGGGGUCUCGAUAUGAGGAGCUGUUGCAACAUGUGCCAUCUCGUGUAACUGAUGCAAUGAAUGCUGAUCUCACUAGAGAUUACACUGAGGAAGAGAUCAAAGCUGCCCUCGAUAGUAUGGGAGAUCUGAAAGCUCCUGGCCCAGAUGGCAUGCCUGCUUUAUUCUAUAAGAAAUUUUGGAAUAUUGUGGGGAAGGAUGUGGUAAAGGAAGUUACUGAAGUACUAAAUGGAGGUCCUAUGCCUGGCAGCUGGAAUGAAACAGUGGUGGUGUUAAUUCCAAAGGUUCAGAAACCUGAGCGAUUAAAAGACUUGCGUCCCAUCAGUCUUUGCAAUGUGGUGUACAAGAUUGCCUCGAAGAAUAAGAGGAGGGGUGCUGAUAGUUAUGCGGCUCUGAAACUUGAUAUGAGCAAAGCAUUGCUCGGGCAGACUAUAAACAAGGAUAAAUCAUCCAUCAUGUUCAGUAAAAACACAAGAGAGAGUGUGAAAUCUGCUCUGAUGGCUGACCUGGAAGUCAGUUCUGAAGCAAGGAAUGAUCGGUACCUCGGCUUGCCUAUCAGUAUGGGCAGAUCAAAAGUCCUGACCUUCAAUUACCUGAAGGAGCGGGUCUGGAAGAAAAUUCAGGGGUGGAAGGAAAAGCUGUUGUCCAAGGCAGGAAAAGAUGUACUUAUCAAAGCUGUUGCACAAGCUAUUCCGUCUUAUGCAAUGUCUUGCUUUGAUCUCACGAAGACACUUUACGACGACAUUGGCUCCAUGAUUUGCAGAUUCUGGUGGUCGCAGCAGGAUAAAGAAAAUAAAAUGCAUUGGCUUUCUUGGGAACUUAUGUGCAGUAGGAAGGAGAAAGGAGGACUGGGGUACAGGGAUUUGCACCUGUUCAAUCUAGCAAUGCUGGCUCGGCAGGGUUGGAGGCUCCUCAUGGAUCCAACUUCACUGUGUGCCCAAGUGCUACAGGCCAAAUACUAUCCUUCUGGUGAUCCUCUGAUGGCGAUUGAAAAGCCUGGGAAUUGGGAUGAGGAGUUGGUGAGAGAAAUUUUCUGGGAAGAAGAUGUACAACAUAUUCUGAGUGUUCCAGUGAAACAAGGAUACUCUGAUUCUCUAGCGUGGCACAAUGAUGUGAAGGGUUUAUUCUCUGUAAAAUCAGCAUAUCAUGUACUUGAGGAUGGGAGAGAACGGAAGAAUGUUAGACAGGCUGGUUCCACAAGCUCUGAAAAUUCUGCUGUUAUGGGCUACUAUUGGAACCGUCUCUGGAAGAUUGACUGCAUGCCAAAGAUGAAGAUGGUGGGCACUGCUUUCUCAGGUGCAAGUGGGUAA